AUGGCUAUAGCUGCAGUAAAAUGGGUGGGGUCAAAGCUAACUAUCUUGAAACAUUUAUUUUCAAUCCAAAAUGGAGAUUUAUAUUGUGUUUGUCAUAAAUCUACAUGCUCUCCUCUACCAGAUGACUAUAAUUGCAAAGUAAAGCUUGCUCUGACUUCUGAUGGCAGGACAAUAGUAUGUUACCACCCUUCUGUGGACAUUGCAUAUGAACACACAAAACCUAUCCCUUGGCCAGAUCCUGUGCACAAUAAUGAAGAAACACAUAAUCAAAUCCUGAAAACCAGAUUGGAAGAAAAAGUUGAACCCCUUGAGCAAGAACCUAUGGUAGAACAACUUAGCAAAAUGUUCUUUAUGACUAAGCACUGCUGGUAUCCUUAUGGACGGUAUCACAGAUGUCAUAAGAAUCUGAAUCCUCCAAAAGACAGAUGA